UUGGUUCACGACACCGAACGCGCGCACGAGCCCUCUAUCACGAGCCAGCAGUCGCCACCGAACGCAAGCUCGAGAAUCCGCACAGCCAAGACCACGGCCGCUUUCUGUGCGAGAACGCCGCUGGAUAUUUUCGUUGCCGCUCCUGCAGCCGGAGACUUCUAGAGGACCACUUUCAGAGGCGAUCGGUUGCGGGCGACCUCUACGGCCACCAUAAGUUCUGUUCAACGGACCCGAAAGGACGCCGUAGCAGCCCUCGGUUCGCUGCUGUCGCGUGCCAGAGAUGGGCGGGCCCCUGCGGCAGCUGUACAUCAUCCUCUGGAAGGACGUGUACGUGAAGCAGAUGAGGCGUCACGUGGUGUGGACCCUGCUCGAGCUGGCGUUCACCGCCGUCUCCAUGUACGGCAUCGGCAAGGACGGUCUCGAGGUGAGGUUCGGGAACCCCGUGCUGGAGGAGGUGUUCCCGCGCGAACAGCCGCUCCAGCUGUGGAACCUCUCCGUCGCCAGGAUACUCUACACGCCGGACGUGCCGCUGCUCGCCGAGGUCAUUCAGAAGGUCCGCGAGGACCUGUCCAUUACGGUCGCCGAACCGGUGGCCUCGGACGACGACCUUGACGACCUGGUGGAGAGCGGCUUCGACCAUGGCUCCGUGGUUGGUGUUGCCUUUGAGAACGACCUGAGCGACCCGAACAAUCUGCCGGACGAACUACGUUACCGCGUCCGCGCACCUGGCCCCAGGUUCGACGUGCACGUGCGUUACUGGAAAAUGCUGGAGGUCCCGGGCCCGCUGGACCUGGCUGCAACGGGCGAGAUGCGCUCCCUGCUGCCCCUGCAGUAUUCGCUGGAGCGCCACCUGCUGCACCACAUCUGGGUGGCCAAGUUCGGCGAGCCCACUGCGUCGGCACAGCUGCAGAUGCAGCGGUUCCCGUACCCGGCCUACUACCCCGAGAACUUCAACACCACCUACAGCCGGCUGGUGUUCCGCUUCGGCGUCGGCUUCCUGCUGCCCUUCGCAUCGGUCGUCGCCAAGAUCACCGACGAGAAGUGCUCCGGAAUACGAGAGCUGCUGAGCAUCUCCGGCACGAGCGAGCUCGUCUACUGGGGCAGCCACUUCCUGAGCUCGUCGUUCAGCGCGCUGCUGCUGAGCAGCGUGUGCAUGCUGUUCCUGUACGUGUUCGGCUCGGACCCGGUGCUCGGCUACUCGGACCCGCUGCUCGUGCUCGUCGUGCUGAUCAACUUCAACAGCCUUGCCAUACUGCACGCCAUGUUCAUCUCCGUCCUGCUCACCAGCAGCCGGCUGUCCAUCAUCUUCUCGAUGAUGUACUGGAUCUGCAGCAUCGCCUUCCCGUACCUGAUGCUGCAGAACCCGCUGGGACGUGGAUACUACCUGCGCAGCCGAGCUUCCAAAAUCAUCACGUCCGUGUCGCCCGGAAUGGGCCUCCACUGGGCGUUUAUGGUCAUCGAGCGCUUCGAGAGAUUCCGUGGCGGCGUGAACUGGAGUAACAUGCGCGAAUAUGAUUCGACGCUGGACAACGUGAGCCUGUCGGAGCUGCUCGUGGUGAACGUGUGCACCUGCUUCCUCAUGGUGUUCCUCAUCUGGUACACGGACAACAUAAUCCCCUGGGGACCGGGCAUCCACAAGCCACCCUGGUUCCCGUUCCUGAGAAGCUAUUGGCUGCCCCAACCAGCGAGGAACGUGAGAAUCCGGCAGAGCGCGGACCCCACCCUUUUCGAGUCGGAUCCGCAAGAUGUCAACCCGGCCAUACAAGUCAUCAGCCUCAAGAAGUUCUAUCGGAACUUCCUCCUGCAACACAUCAACCUGAAGAUUUACCGGCACCAGAUCACCGUGCUUACUGGACCAGCCGGUUCUGGCAAAUCGACGAUGAUCAAGAUGAUUACAGGGUUGGUGCCUCCAUCUAGCGGCGUGAUAAUCGUGGACAACUACGACGUGGUGCUGCACACCGAAGAGGCCCGCGAACGGAUCGCCUACUGCCCGGCCGAUAACGUGCUCUUCGACGAGCUCACCGUCGAGGAGCACCUCAUCUUCUUCGCCAUGCUGAAGGGAUUGUCCACGAGCAGGAUCCGGCUGGAGAUUAACCUGCUGCUUACCGACAUCCAGAUGUCUGCGUACCUGAGCUACCGGCCCUCGACCAUGUCGGACGGAAUGAAACGCCUGCUAUGCGUCGCUAUAACUCUCCUGGUUGCGUCCAAAUGCAAGAUCAUGAUCUUCGACGAGCCGACGGCCACCAUGGACCCGCACAGCCAGCGCGAGGUGUGGGAGCUGCUGCUCAAGGCUCGCCGCCACUGCUGCAUCCUGCUGACCACGCAGAACCUGCGCGAGGCCGACGUGCUGGGCGACAAGGUGGGCAUCAUGAACAAGGGCCUCCUCUGGUGCACCGGCUCGCCGGGAUUCCUGCGCGAGCGAUUCCGCGCCGGCUACAACAUCCGCAUCGCCAAGGAGCCGGGCUGCGACACCGCAGCCGUCGAGUCCCUCUUGCGUCGCCACAUUGCACACGCGGUCGUCAAGAACGACUCGAACACCGAGGCUGAGUUCGCGAUGGGGGCCAACCCGGGCAACCGGCGCCUGACGGCCAUGUUCAAGGAGCUGGACCGCGAGCGGCGCAACCUCAAGAUUGGCGCCAUGAGCGUCGCCAUGUCGUCGCUCGAUGAAGUCCUGGACAAGGUGGUCCACGACCCGACCUUCCAGUCAGGCAUCGAGACGGGCACCCCCGUGCACACCGAGAACGAGCCCGUCUACAAGGCGACCAAGGAACCGGACAGCAGGACUUGCGCGCGACAGCUGGCGUGGCUGCUCAAGAAGCGAUUCUACAUCUGGCUGCGGGACUGGCACCCGCCCGUUGUCCGCUGGGUGGUUCCGGUGUGCGUGCUGCUGCUGGCGACGCACUUGCAGCGCUUGUUCUCCGAGGACGAUUUUGUGUCGUCCGACUUCUACAAGGACCGGCUGCAGUACACGAUCAGGGCUCUGCACGUGCCUUCGCCGCUGAACUUCAUCUCGACCAACCGGAGCCGCGGUGAUCCCGUGGUGCGCCACCUGCGCAAGCUGUUCGCCGAGGAGGACAUCCGGUCGGUCUACAUCGGCUCCGACCACACCAGCUCGCGCCUGCUGGACUACGCCGAGGAGAAUCCGAGGAUCUACAACUACAGGAUGCUCUUCGGCGUCGUCUUCAUGGCCAACAGAACGCCCACGCUGUGGUACAACGGCCAGUGCCCGCACGCGGCUCCGCUCCUGGUCAACCUGUACCACUCGGCGCUGCUGCGUAACAUCACGGACCAUCCGGCGGCGCGGUUCGUGCUCAUCAACCAUCCGUACAGCAACGAGACCGGCCGCCACCGGGGUGGCGCCGACGAGAAGCAGGACCUGCAGCAGGUGCUGCAGAGCAAGCUCUUCUUCGCCGGCAUUCCGCUCAACGCCGACGCGCUGGUCGUCGAGGUGCUCAUGGGCAUCUUCAUGCCUCUGGCGCUGUGCUUUCACGCGGCCAGCUUCGUGGUGUUCCCCAUCACGGAGAUGUGCAGCGAGUUCAAGCACCUGCAGCUCAUGACAGGCGUGUCCGGCAUCGUCUACUGGCUCAGCAACUUCAUCUUCGACACCGCGCUGGCCGCCUCCUGCGCCUUCGUCUUCGUGCCCACCAUCUGCUUCAGCCACCGAUACCUCAGGAGGCCCGAAUACAUCGCGGUGCUGUCGGUACUCUUCCUGGCGCACGGUCUGUCCAUGGUGCCUUUCUGCUACGUGGUGUCCACCCAUUUCAAGGACAGCUCAUUCGGCUUCUCGAUCAUGGUCAUCUUCAUCUUUUUUACCGGGCUGGUGGGCGCCCUGGAGACGGUCAUCGUCCACUUCACGCUGACCGUGGCCGAGGCGCGGCUGCUAUCGUUGGUGCCGUGGGUACUGGACAUCCUGUUCCGCAGCGUACCCACGUUCACGCUCACGCGCGGAAUCGCGCAGCUGCAGCGCCUGAAACGCGAGAACGACAUCUGCGAGGCCGGCGAGGAGCAGCUCGCCAUCGCCUGCCGGACCAUCGACCUCAGCCACACCAUAUCGCUCAAGUACUGCUGCAACGCGCUGCCAUCGCGCAACAGCAGCAGCAUGAACAUUGUCGACGGUGGCCGCCGCACGAUGGUCCAGCCGUACGAGCUGUCGUGCGCCGCGAUGAUCGAGGUGUACGUGAUGCUGGUCGAGGCUGUUGUGCUCCUCGCUUUCGUCGCCUUCAUGGACGCCCCGCCGUACGCCAGGCUACGCAGGAAGGUGAUAGCGCAGUUCCAUAGGCGCGAAGACACCGUUUUGUCGCUGGAACAUGACGAAGGCCCACGCCUGGCCACGUCACCGCUCGACUCCGACGUCACCCACGAGUCUGCGAUGGUCGAGAAGCUCGUAUCGGAGCCUAAGCCGCACGAGUACGCUCUCGUGGUGCGCAAGCUCACCAAGUCGUUCGGGCCAUGCCGUGGCGUCAACAACGUCAGCUUUGCGCUCAAGCGUCGCCAGUGCCUGGGAAUAAUCGGCGUGACCGGGUCUGGCAAGACGAAGCUGAUGCAGCUGCUGACCGCCACGUCCAAGUGCUCGUCGGGCGACGCCUACAUCGGCUCCUGGUCGCUGCUGCGCACGCCCACGGAGUACGCCUCCAACAUCGGCUACUGCCCCGAAGCGCUCGGCCUGCCCGAACACCUCACCGGCCGUGAGAUAAUCGAGCUCAUCUGCGUGCUGCGCGGCUACCGGCUGGAUGACACGGCGACGAUGGCCAAGAACCUUCUGCAAGUCAUGGAGCUCUCCAAGGUGGCCAACGUGAUCGCGAAGAAUUACACUCCCGGCGACAAGCGGAAGCUGAGCAUCGCGAUCGCCCUGGCGGGACUGCCGAGCGUCAUCCUGCUCGACGAGCCGAGCACGGGUGUCGACGUCGCGGCCCGGGCGCAGAUCCGGCGCAGCCUGAGCAUCAUCCGCGAGGCGACCGACUGCGCCAUCCUGCUCACCUCCAACAGCAUGCAGCAAUGCGAGGUUCUGUGCGACCGCAUCGCGAUCCUACUGGCGGGCCAGCUGGAGUGCAUCGGCACGGUGGACGAGCUGAAGAGCAAGUUUGGCCGGGGCUACACCAUCACCAUCCGGCUGCGACAGGAUAGCGCCGAGGAUUCCGACUACCAAGAGGACCUCACCAACGACAUGAAGGGGCAAUUUCACGGCUGCCAGCUGGAACACUCCUGCCAGGGCGUGCUAGAGUACCGGAUCACCUCGACGUACACCACCUGGAGCGAGAUGUUCUCCAAGAUGGCGGCCAUACAGAAGAAGUACCGAUUCAAGGAGUUCUACGUCAGCGACACCACCCUGGAGCAGAUAUUCGUGAGCUACGCCCGAAAACAGAUCAACUUCACCAAGGCGAUUAACUCCACCUCCUGAUAGCCGGGCUAGUUUGACCACGCCAGCGGACGUUCACUCUACGUGGGUGCCAAAGUGGACGGCGAACUAUGACGCAGUUGGCUGUUCGCUUAGCCAUGUACAGAUUACUGUAUGCUAUUGUACGGAGUACUGUAUAUACCGUGUACUAUGUGUAAGGUUUAGAUAUUGUACGAGUAUUGUAUAGCAUUGUAUGUUGUAUCGAUGUAUUGUUGAUUAGCCCCGCUUUCUUCUUUGUUUCCUGCGAUGCCAUCAUUUUGUUCAUUGUUUCGCCGCGCUAACCAGACGUCGCUUCACGCAUCUUCUGCUUGGAACCAGGUUGCCGCUCGGCAGGACGCCUUACCGAAACAGAAAUACGCGUGAACCGGCGAACUCAUCCGUGUCCUAGGCCUGUACUUGAAUAUGAAGCGUAUUUAGUUUUUUGCUGCGCACCUGCGCGUGUAGCUGGGCUUAAAAUACAUUAACUGCUUGCCGCUACUUGGCAAGUCAUCAAAAUAAACAGCACCGAGAUUGAGUUUCAGUUUAUUCAGUUUCAGUUCAUUAUUCAUACAAGAUACAUAGUUGGUUGUUAGAUCCGCUCGUAAAGAAAAUUUGCUAAGCUCUCGCUCAAACCGACCUCGGAAAAAAGGGUGGGGGUUGUGCGAGGUGUGAGAAGGGGCUCCCCAAUCUCGAAGACAAUGCUCGGCUGACUCGCUUGCAGGCUCGGUGAUUCACCUGUACUGGAAAUCUUCAGGUUGCGGUGACUGCCGCUACACUCGUGAGUAUGGUUGCGGACCUAUGCCGCCAACUGAUUGAAAUUUGAGGUUGUAUAAUUUCCAAGAGUGCUCGUUAAGAGGAAGCUCCGCUUCCACUGCACUGAAUAAAAUAUAUAA